ACAUAAACUAUAGAUAAAUGUGCGCAUAUGCGUGAAACGGAACGCACCCGGUCUAUAAUCUGAACACAGUCAUUGUUUUAGAUAUGUCAUACCUAUAUCGAACACGUGAAAAUAAUUUGAAUUGAUUUAUAACUGGACGACGCAGAAUUGUGUAAAAUUAACCAUGUCAAACUAUAAAAAAUUAUGCACACCGCUUCCUGAACAUUUGACUAAUCAUAUUGAAAUUUGUGAAAACAGAGAACAAUAUGUCGUAAAUCUUUUGCAAAAUAUAUUACCACCAUCUGAUUGCAAGUCUAUUCCAAAUGAGAUGCGAAAAACUUUCACAUUUAAUAAGUUUAAAGUGAAACACAGACCAAAAAUAGCCUGCAAAGGAAAAUUCUUGUCUGCUAGAAAGAGGUUACAUCUUGGAUUGGGCCAAGUUUGUUAUAGGAGCAAUAUUAAGUAUUCCGAUGUUUUGUUUUUAAAUCAAUUAUGGUUAAAGUACAUGAAAGAGAUGCUUGGUAAUAAGUCAUUUACUAGUAUACCAAAGAACUCCACUGACCCAAAUUGGGAGAACAUUAAUCAACAAUUAAUAAAGGCAGAUUUUCAUGGUGCUAAAAUAACAAUCAACAAAUCUAGAUGUCCUACUUUAGUGGGACUUGAAGGAAUUGUUAUACAAGAUACCAAAAACAGUUUCAAAAUUUGUGGGACAGAUAAUACUGUUCGAACAAUACCAAAAGAUGUAGUUACAAUCCAUAUCCAUUUGGACAAUAGUGUAAUAUUGAAAUCAUUUGGAAGACAACUUGCUGUAAAGCCUACAGAGCGAACAGUUAAAAAAUUUAAAAAUACACGAAUUGUCCAAUUAUAAUAUAAAAAUUUACAU